AUGAUUUCAAAAUUCAGAAAAAUCUCCUCAUCUUCCAAACUUAUUUCGUCACCAUUAUGGUUAACGAUACUAUUACUAUUAUUGCUACACCCACUAUCCGUAACAUCAGAAUUCAUACACAUAAAAAGAUCACAACCACCAACCAGACCACCACCAUUCAUCCCCGACUCACGAUAUGCGCACACCGCAACACUAGUGGGGACCAAGUUGUAUUUUCUCGGUGGCAUAACAUCACCCGAUGGAAACUUUACAAAUUCUUCGUUGCCGCAAGCGGAGUUCUUUACGUUGGAUCUAUCAAAAUCGUUUGAUACCACCCAAAAUGAACAAAUGCCCUGGGAAAAUUUGACGAAUCCUUCGGUGCCGGCUAUUGCGUGGGGAGCGGCUGCUGUUGGAGGGGCUGAUAAUGCGACAAUUUAUCUGUUUGGCGGGGUGAACCCUAGUGAUAAUACUACAGCUCAGGAUAGUGUAAUAUAUACAAUCGACACAAUUGCUUCCCCUAAUAUUAAUGCGCAUAAAAAAAGAGAAUUAAGAUUGAAACGAAGAGAAAUCAACAGCACAACACCAACACCAACCUCAACUAAACUGUUCAAAAAAAGAGAUGAUGCCAAUUCAUUAACAACUGUAACGGCACCAUGGCCAUAUAGUCUGACAAUAACCUCGUAUGAAUGCGUAUACCCAAAUGUAACUCCACUUCCCCCUUGUGGUCCUGGCAAUGGCAAAGCCAUAGUUAAUAGAUCUGUUUCAACAUCUAUCACAUCUAUCACAUCUACCACGAAUUACGAAACAACAACAAGCUCGUCUUCUAGUAUCAAUCCAUCACCAACUUCAAGCAAUAUACCGCCGAAACGGAAUCAUCUUGCAUGUGCGAUUGAUAAUCAGCUUCGAAUUUAUUACCUUGAUGGAAUUGACCCACAACAAGCUAGAUCAGCGAAUGCUCCAACGCCAACGUCUACAAGUGGUGUUGCUAGCACUGGCUUCGACUUUGACAAUUCAGUUAGCAAUGAUGCUAGUAAUGGAACCAUCGGCAAGAGAAUCGUCUCAGAAUUCGAUUUAUACGAUACACGAAACAAUACCUGGAGCACAGGGAUGCAGAAAAAUGGCGCCUAUUUUCCAGCGAUGGCUGAUUACACGGCCACUUAUGUCGAAAACUCUAAUUCGAUUAUUUAUAUUGGCGGAAUAAAUGCGACUGGUGGAUUUAAUGAUAUGUCGAAUAUUCUGGUGUAUGGGAUUGAUAAGAAUCAAUUUUGGUUUGUGCCAGCUUCUAGUCAAGCAGUAUCUGUACCCGUAUCCUCUCGAAUUGGACAUUCCUCUGUUUUAGUGCAAAAUAAUCGAAUAAUAGUAUACGGCGGGCUAAAUGAACAAAAACAACCCGCCACUCCCGAACUCCUAAUUCUCGACAUCACCAAUCAAACAUCCUUCAGUUGGCGACAGCAAGCCACCACAAAUCCGCGCCAGGCUUCACCAUUUCAACACACCGCAACACUGGUUAACCGAUACAUGAUUGUCGCAUUCGGAAGACUAACCACGUCGCCGGAUCGAGCAAAUGACAAAAUUACACUGUUGGAUGUUGAUUCGUUCUCCUGGGUCACUAGUUACACACUGAAUUCGCCAGGUUCUUUUACGAAUCAGGUGUUAAUUAUUGGAUUGUUGGUGGCUACGGGAGUGCUGCUCCUUAUCGCUGUGGGGUUGUUUCUGCUUUAUAGGCGACGUGGUUAUCUUUUCAGAAAAGGAUCGUCAUGGCCGGUGGUAAAUGGCGACACCAAUGUUGAGAAUGAUGGGAGUGGUGACUAUAAUGGUUAUGUGGAUUCACGAAGAGAAAAAUCAGAUGAUGAAAGAGCCAGAACAAACGCAUCACAACCACCUGCUUUAUUGACUCCUAUCUUACACUCCUCUUCGAUGUUUGGCAAAAUCGCAAGAACUCCUGUCAUUUCCAAAAUUGUUCCGUUGGAUGUUAAAGUUGCACCAAAUGCUGUUUUAUUGGCACCACCUCAGGCUGUUAGCUCUAGACUUUUGCGGGAACGUAGUCGUGAAGAAGUAUCGAGACAAAUGAUCGAAUAA